AAGAGCACUAAUGCAAUGUGAUGUAUUUAGGAACAAUAAAGAGAAAAUUGUUUGUGUUUGAUUUACAGAAUUCAUUGAUACACUACAUAUUUAAACACAUGAUCACCCCUCAACUAUAUCAUCUGAAGUUCAAAAUAAUUUUUGAAUUUGUGUUGUGCCUUCCAGUGAUAAGAGCUUCAAUAGAAUUUUUAUUCUUUAAUUAAUAAUUGUUGGUGAGCCGAGAAGACACAACUAGAAAUAAACACCUUAGAGAAAAAUAUGCAGUUGACUUUAUCUACAAAAAGGAAGAAAAAUAAACAAAUGAUGAAUAUGGAUGAAAGUAAAAGAUGAAACUUGAAAAUAUAGUUCCUAUCCCACCAGACGGAGGUUGGGGAUGGGUCAUAGUCGUAGUAUGCUUCUACGCUAACGCUGUAAUCGACGUACCCUCUAUCGGAUUUCAGGUCAUCCUCCCACAUCUUAUGGAUACCUUGGAAGUAACAGCUUCUACUGCCAGUGUUAUCUUUUCAACGUACACCCUUCUGCUAUAUUUUAUGGGUCCUUUUGCUGGAGGUAUUUGCAACAGGUUCGGUUUCAAGGUGACAACCGUUGUCGGAUCUCUCCUGAUGAUGAUUGGCCUCUUCGUUUCUUUCUUUAUGAGUGACUUCGUAGCAUUCAUCAUUUUCUUUGGAAUUAUUUCAGGUUUUGGAUCAUCUCUAGUAUUCAUGGUGGGCAAUGUCGCUCCCGGCUUUUGGUUCGAGUUCAAAAGAGCCAUAGCUCUAGGAAUCGCCAGUUCAGCAACUGGAUUCGCAGUCUUCAGCGUUAUACUAACCGCUCACGUCAAAGAAAGUUUUGGCUGGAAGUGGUGUUUUAUCUUUUGGGCUGCUUGUGUUGCUCUCCUUUGUAUAUUGGCCUUUUUGUUAAAAACUCCACCAAUGGUCGAACUGGAAGCAAGUAAGAUGACCCACCUCGAAAACCAGAAGAACGUAACGGCUCUGGACGUAACCAGGACUGGAACUAAAUCAUUGCGACCCAUACGCAAAAAGCGGACCAGUGAAGGUGAAAUGGCAGAUGAGAAGCUGCAGAAGAUAGCGGACACGUGCGGGAUUCCUUUGAAGGGACCACUUAGGGCUCCUUCAAGAUAUGUCGAACAAGAGGAGGAUUCGACGAAUGCGGGAUGUGCCAGAUGCUGGAGAUGCUUCACCUGCCAGGGAUCCCACGAGGUCGGGGCUAGGCCUCUCUACAAGCAGGAUAUAUUCUAUCACGGCAGUGUCCACCAUAUCGCCAAAAUUGAGGGGAUGCCAAAAGAUACUUAUGGGCUCUCAGUUUACAACCUACCAACAGAGACCGACGUCAAGCAGGAAAUGGAGUGUCAUUGCAAAGUUCCAGAAGCAAUAGUGAGAGCCAUCAAUGAAAUGGUGGACUUUUCUCUUUUCAAAUCGGCUGUGUUUCUGUUCAUUGUAGUCGCAUCACUGCUCACAUAUACCGCCAUCUACAUCCCAUUCCUAUUGAUUAAAAAGGUCAACCUCGAAAAAAUGGAAGAAUCUAAUGCGUCGAUGCUGACAACUAUAAUGGGCCUGGGUUCAACAGUCGGCAGGAGUACCAUCGGGUUUCUCCUCUACUUCUUCCCGAAGAUAAAAGCUCUUCAGGUGCUGAUCGUCUUUUCUAUAUUGGGUGGUCUCGUGAUCUGCUGCGUGCCCCUUAACUACUCGUUCCCUUAUCAGAUCACAGUCUCAUUUCUGGGGGGUGCUUUACCAGCUGUGAUAACGCCAUUGAGGAGCGUCGUUAUCAUCGAAAUGAUGGGACUGAAGAAGCUGACCAGUGCCUCCGGGAUCCUCUUCUUUGUACAAGGGAUCGGGUGUUUCAUUGGCAUGCCUAUAGCAGAAUUACUCAACGAACGUUCUGGUACGAAGUACGUUGGACUUAUAUUCAGCGGAGUAUGCUAUGUACUGGUGGGCUUUUCUUUUAUAGGAGUAGCUUUGAUAGCGAUCCUGAAAGGCUAGAGAAAAAAAACCAUUCAUGAAUUGAUUACGGGGAUGUUCUUUUUACUGAUGAUUGUUACUAAUAGUUAACUUUGAUACUAUGAUGGAGCUUGAAAAUGAUAAAGAACCUUAUAUUGAAUUAUUGAACGAGGUAUAAAACAAGACGAAGGGAAACUUAGCUGAUGAUCAGGUACUACCACAAAUAAUUUAAAUAUUAU